CCCUCCUCUCUCCUCAGGAGGGAAGCACCCCAGCAAAGGGUCCAGACCUGGCUUCACUGAGGACACUUUCCUUCUCCACUCCCUAGAUAUCCAGGAGCUGGGGCAUGUGGCCGGUCGAGGGACCAGUCCCUCUCAGGGCUGCCUUCUUGCUGCUUGGGAUCUGGGCACUCUGGACUUCAGUCCUGUGUUUUCCAGGCCACCCCUCAUGGCGCUACAGCUCCUCUGAGGUGGUGGUUCCUAAGAAGGAGGUCCAAAGUGGCAAGAGUCUUCAUUUUCCAGGACAUAUUUCCUACAGCCUGCGUUUCGGGGGCCAGAGACAUGUCAUCCAUCUUUGGAAAAAACGUCUUCUGUGGCCCAGACACAUGGUGUUGGCCACUCAGGAUGACCAAGGAACCCUGCAGAUGGAUUACCCCUACUUCCCUGAAGACUGUUACUUCCUCGGCUACCUGGAGGACAUUCCUCUGUCCACGGUCACUGUAGAGACGUGCUCUGGGGGCAUGGAAGGUGUCAUGAUGUUGGAUGACCUCACGUAUGAAAUCUCUCCUCUCAGGGAUUCAAACAGGUUUGAACACAUCGUUUCUCAGUUGGUGGCCAAUAAAAACGCCAUGGGACCAAUGUACGGUCUGGACCACAAGGAUGUCCCAAGUCCCCUGAGCCCUGGACUGAACUACAGUGCAGAGCCUCGGAUUUCAAGCAUGAUGUAUAGUGGCCAUGAAGCUGCCCUGAAGGGGAUCGUGCAGUGUUCCCGCUCCAUGUAUAGCAGAUACGAAAAUGUCAGCAAGUGUUCUGAGUUCCUAAUACACAUGUUUAACAUAGUCGACACCCUUAUGAGGGGUAUUGAGUUCAGGUUCUAUAUUUCUAUGGUGGUGGUAUAUUCCGAGAGUGAUCCUGUUUCAUUUCCUAAGGGUGAAUGGUAUCCGUCAGGGAUGGAUAUACACAAACAUUACGAGGAUAUAUUCUACUGGCCAUUUAGACCUGCCUCCUGCACACUAGUACUUAAAGAAAAACCACAUGAAUCUGCAUUUGAACCAGCUCCAUAUAGUAUGUGCAAUAAAGGAUCCCUCACCUUUGUCGCUGCACUCUACAGGCCUGCGAUAUUGCUAGCUAUCAUUGCUGCCAACCAGCAGGGGAGAAUGAUUGGUAUGCUGUAUGAUGGAAGCAACUGUGUUUGCCAGAGAAGGAACACAUGUAUUAUGUUCAGGUGGCCUGGGGUAACAGAUGCAUUCAGUAACUGUUCCUUCGUACAUAUACAGCAUAUAGUUAGUAAUCCUUCACUUAAUUCGUGCUAUUACCGCUCUGAGCGGGUUCUUUAUAAUAGCAGCAUAACAAUGAACCGCUGUGGGAAUUACGUAGUGGAAGGCCAGGAGCAGUGUGACUGUGGGCCCCUGAAGGAGUGUUACACCAGUGGCUGCUGCAACACCGAGUGUACAUUUACAGAGGGAAGCUCUUGUGAUCGAGGAGCCUGCUGUGCCAACUGCACCCACAGCCCCAUGAUGACACUUUGCAGAACUGUCCAAAACGUGUGUGAUCUCCCAGAGCACUGCUCUGGAAGUGACAGCAACUGCCCUGAAGAUACUUACCUGCAAGAUGGAACUCCAUGCAGUCAAGACGGCUACUGUUACAAUGGCAACUGUACCGACCGAACCAUACACUGCAAGGAGAUCUUUGGUGAAUCUGCUAAGAACGCUGAGGAUGCUUGUUACUCUAUAAACUUGGCCUCGUACCGAUUUGGACACUGUGGGAGAGCAGAGAAUGAGUUGGCGUACACUCCCUGUACUGGAGCUGACAAGAUGUGCGGAAGGCUGCAAUGUAAUAACGUCACCCGCCUCCCCAUAUUACAGGAGCACGUUUCGUUCCACCAGUCUUACAUCGACGGGGCCUACUGCUUUGGACUGGACGAACACCGUUCAACAGGGUCCACUGAUGCUGGAAAAGUGAGGACAGGAACCCCGUGUGGCAGCGGGAAGAUGUGCAUUGGCAGUUCAUGUAACACAUCAAUAAAUGCACUGGAUUAUGACUGUCUCCCUGAAAAGUGCAGUUAUAAAGGGGUCUGCAACAAUCACAGGCACUGUCACUGUCACGUAGGCUGGGAGCCUCCUAAUUGUGACAAAUUAGGUCAUGGUGGGAGUGUGGAGAGUGGGCAGCUUCCAAAGAGAGUGCGGACGGUAGACCGGAAUCCAGAACUGAUCAUCUACUUGAGACUGAUGUAUGGCCGUUUCUAUGUCUUCAUCGCGGCACUGCUCAUUGCAUAUGCAUUGAAUGCAAAGACCAUCAAGACUGUCAAAGAGGAAGAAGCAGCAGCAGGAGGAGAAGAAGCAGGAGGAGAAGAAGCUUAAUAACAGCCAGCCAGCCAGCCUCCUGACCACUGAGGAAUACAGAGCACCCAAAGUGACAUCCAUGAAGAAGAGGCAGAGAGAGAGACGCACAGUCCUCCUCCUCCUGGCACAAGUUGACCUUGAGAGAUCACUGAUCAGCACUCUGAAAUAAACAUUUCCACACCACA